AACAAAGUCAUCCAAUCACAAAAAAAUCUGAAAGGGGAUUUUUGCUGUAUCUUGGCUCAGAUGGUGCUACUCAGCACCGGUUAGUUGGUCCAGAUGUCGGAGGACCAGCGGCACCGGCGGGGGGAGGCCGGUCUGGAGGCGGGGGAGGGCGACACAGAGCCCAGCAUGCUGCUGCAGAAACUCAAGAGCAACAUCUCUAAGAGCGUUCAGACCAAAGUGGACCAGAUCCUGCAAGAUGUUCAGCGUUUCUCCGACAACGACAAGCUGUACCUGUACCUCCAGCUGCCCUCUGGACCCAGCUCCGGAGACAAGAGCGGUGGUGACUCCAGUUCGUUCAACACAGCCGACCAGCUUCACACCUGUAACUGGAUCCGCAGUCACCUGGAGGAGCAUUCAGACACCUGCCUGCCCAAACAGGACGUCUACGAGACCUACAAGAGAUACUGUGAGAACCUGCAGCAUCGCCCGCUGAGCGCCGCCAACUUUGGAAAGAUCAUCAGGGACAUUUUCCCCAACAUCAAGGCCCGACGGCUCGGCGGCAGAGGACAGUCCAAGUACUGCUACAGCGGCAUCAGGAGGAAGACGGUCCUCAACAUGCCUCUGCUGCCCAACCUGGACCUGAAGAAUGACCCGUCGGAGCUGACUGAGCUGGUCCAGACGUACAAACAGGAAGUGACAGAGGCGGCGUGCGAGCUGAUCUGCGAUUGGGCGCAGAAGAUCCUGAAGCGUUCCUUCGACACGGUGGUGGAGAUCGCUCGGUACCUGAUCCAGGAGCACAUCGUCAACCCUCGCUGCAGCCAGGCCGAGCUGGUCACCUCUGCAGCGCUCGCAGGAGGUCCAGCGAAACCUCACAAGGUCAUCAAGAAAACUCCCGUCAUCUCUAAACCCGAGGGCGACGGCGCCGCCGAUCAGAAGAAGGAACUCGGAGACUCUUCCUCCUCGUCUUCACUGAAGCCGCCGCCUGGAGAAAAACCAGCCGCGGCAGCCAAACCUUCCUCCCUGGAUGCCGCUCCUCCUCCUCCCUCCUCUCUGCGUCCUGCGGUGGAAGCCUUCAUGAAGCAGUUACCCAGAAUCCUCCCUCGGAGCUCCAUCCCCGAUAAGACCCAGCUCUCGGUCCGCUCCUCUCCGCCCUCGCUGGCUCCCAAAGACGCCUCAGGCAUUGGGGGUGCGUCAGGACCCGGGGGCCCGGCCGCAGCCGCCGCCGCCAGCGGUGGUGGGGUGAAGGUCAUCGCCAUGGCGACGCUGCCCCAGCAGCAGGGCGGGCCCGUCCCGCUGAUGAUCCUGCCGCAGGGCUGUCUGUCGUACGAGAGGGAGAAGGUGGCCCCGCCCCCGCCGCCUCCUCCCCAGCAGCAGCAGCAGCAGCACGCCCCUGCAGCCCCCACCUCUGUGGUCCAGAAAGCAAGAGGGAACGCCAGCAAGCGCCCCCUGGAGGUGCCGUCAGGCGGUGGAUCUGCUUCCAACGCCCCUCCGGUGAAACGGAAACGUGGACGACCGAGAAAACCUCGGCCAGAGGACGCCCUGCCUCCUGCUCCUCCUCCUCCCCAGCCUCCCCCUCCUGCGCCUCCCUCCCACACGCCCAUCAUCACCUCCAUGACCGGCAGCGUCAUCCAGAAAGCCUCCUCCUCCUCCUCCUCUUCCUCGCAGCCAGUGCUGGAGCUGGUGAUCCAGGACCAGCAGGGGCUGGUUCUGAGUCCCCUGCCGGCGGUGUCUGACCCGGCUCACCGGCUGGUGGAGCACCGCGGGGUGGUGGUGCAGUGUCAGCCGGGCGGGGCGGGUGAGCCGGACCACCAGCCCCGGCCCGUGCUGCUGUUCCAGAGUCAAGGAAACCACUGCUGGGAGCUGGCGGCGCCGGGACGGACCCCGAUGGUGGAGGUCAUUCAGAAAGCUCCGAGACCGAGCAAUAACAACAGCGGCGCCGCUCCUCCGCCCGCAGCGCUCCUCCACGCUCCUCCUCCUCUGCCCACGCUGCACGAGGAGCAGGGGGAGGUGGAGAUAACGUUGACGCCGGUGGAGAUGCACGACGACGCGCCGCUGCCUUCCACCUCUUCUUCUUCUGCUGCUCCUGCAUCCUCUCCCUCCAUCUGCUCCAUCACUGUGAUGAAAAGUGAGGAAGAGGAGGCGGGAGAGAGCGGCAGCACCUCCUCACAGGGGGAGGGACACUAGCUCCCGUCACUCUUCUUCCUCGUCUUUUUUUAUCAGCCCCCCCCCUUCACUCAGCUUUUACCUCACCUGCAACAAACCUCUCCCUUAUUGGUGGAAAUCCCAGAUUGGCGAGAGCAGAGAGCCAAUCGAGGAGGAUACAUGAAGCCACGCCCCCUCGACUGUCCUUCCUCUCGUCUCAUUGCACUUGUGAACAGACUGGACGCUUUUAGAAAAGACUGUCUGUCAGAUGUGGCUGAAACCAGAAGAACGGACUCCUCAAGUGGCCUCGCAUCAAACUGUCCUCUCUUCCCUGCUUGCUUCCUUCCUUGCCUCCUCGUAUCCUUCAUCUCCAGACUCCUCAUUUUCUGUGCUGAGGUUUGCUCGUCCGCUGCAUCGCUUCCGCUGCUUCAGAUCGAUUUAUAGAGAAAUAAAACACAGAUAAAGAUAGAAAAAAGGAAGGAGGGUCGAUGGAAGAAUAAUAGGAAGAGGGGAAGGAGACAUGUGCUCAGUAUUGAAUCAGGCCCCAGACAGAGUUCAGCCUGAAGUAUGUGGAUACAGCAGGUACUACGGGUCAGAGCCUUGGAAAGGUUCUUUGUGCUAAAUAUGAAAUAUUUAACAGAGUUCGGCCUCGAUUCACCUUCAGUUCAUGGAAAUCUAAGAUGUUUCUGGAUGUUUUCAAGCCGUGAAAAACUUCCCUAACUCACCGAGAAGGCGAAGCUAAAGGCCCGUUUGGCGCUUAAAAGCUCAAACGUAAACAGUUUUGGUUUGAAUGUGAAUCGAAGUCCGGCUCUGCUCUCCUCUUUGAAGAGUUCCUCUGUUCUGAACGGCUUUUGGUUUGUUGUGUUUGUGUUCAGUGGAUAUUUCUGAUCGUCCUGUGUGAGAGAAAUAUUGUGUAAAAUGAGCCGUGCGAAUCUAAAUUAUUUAUUUAUCCAGAUUAGUCGAGGCUAACAAGGACAUUUUAUCAUUAGACUCGUUUCAUUAAAUUUAAGGUAUUUCAGGUCCAAGUCUGUGGUGGGCGGCGGCCACGUUUGUCAGUUCAGCGAAGCCAUUUCGGAUCUGGUUCCUGUUUACCCCCAAUCUCUAAUCGAAACCCUUUAUCUGUCUUUGAUUAGCAAAGAGACAAAACAUUUAGGUGCCUGCUUUUCAUUUCAAGCCGCCAAACAACCCCGGCAGCAGAUCCUAUCAGAACUUUAAACUCUGAGGCGACAAAUUUAACGGAAUGUAACGGCGCUGAAGAAUCACGAGAGCAGAAUUAUGUUUGUGCAGACCGAACCGUUAAAACCCUUCCUGGAUUAAGUAAGCAUGAGAUGACAAAUGGUGCGUUCCAGUUGUACUGGGAAGACGGAAAGUUCCAAGUCGGAAAUUUCAACAGGAACGGGCCCUUAAAUUGGAUUUCCAACUGUACCCCCGACGUCGUGAUCCAAGAUGGCGGCUCUGAGUAUCAACGGUUAGUUAAAGCUGCCAAAAUAAAAUCCUCAGUAUGUAUCGUGAUAUAAAAACAAAUUAAUUUACAGGCCAGUCCUGCUCGAGUAGCUUAUACAUUACCUUGUCCACAAGAACAAAAACUUAAACACAGUCUAAAUCAAAGUAUUUGAUUAAAGAAUCAGAAACAGUAUUUAUGGUAUUGGGUACUCUUUGCUUCGAACACGGGCCUGCCUACCACAGCGAGACCCGACGUGUUUUCAUUUUUAGUUAUUUUUUUGUUCGUCACCUGCCCUUUUCCCUCCAAGCUACUUUACCCCGAGUCCUCUCAGUGUUUCUCCUAUAUGCAUUGAGCAGCGGCGGUGAGCAGCGUAUCUCCUGGAAGGAAUCAGGAGGCGCGUAGCGAGCGUUUGAUUGUCCGAGUGGCAGAAAGUGACAGGUUUGUCUGUUGUUUUCUCACCUGCUGGAAAACAUCUCUCCUCCCCUGUAGACUGCGCAAAGAAGGGAAGCUUAUACUGUAGCCUAGGCUGCGUCUAUUGGCUGCUACGUAACUGAACACUAGCUCAAUUUAUAGAGAGUAUAAAUUCUGUUGGUUAUUUAUUAUCUGCUCUAUUUGUUCAGAGAUAUGGUGAAAAUACAUAUUCUUAAUUGGAAAACGUAAGAUUUUCUUGGGGGAGGAUCCUCAAACCCCCCGACCACCACGACCUACACCAAAACAUUCAGCUAAAGUUCACAUUAAACUGGGAAAACACUGAAAUUUUAAGCUGUUCUAAGGUGCAGCGCAUGCUCAUGGACACCAGAGCAAUGUUGCUGAGACAUGUUGUGUUUGGGUUUUAUAUUCUAACAGAAAUAUUGCUUCACCUUCGCUGCUACAACUCCAUCCUAGGGGAAACACUGCCUCGUGAGACUGACAUUAGCACUUAAAGUGUCUCCAGCCUCCGCUCGCUGGGAUACAAAUGUCAGUAAAUGAAUAAUUUGUGGCGUCUAAUCGCAGCCAGAAAAACAGGUUUAAAGUUUUCAUGUUGACAAAAAUGGCGUCAGCUCAGGCAGAAAGAGCAAAGCACAAAGUUACCUGCCACGUAGCGAAAAAAAAAAUAAUGUUAUAAUGCAGUAAAAAAUAAAAAAUGUAUUAAUGAGGGAUAUUUGCAGAAAAUUAGCUUCUGUAGCACUGAAGUUUAGUCUAUGUGAUUAGCCUGCUUAGCUGUUGUUGUAUGUUGCCAUGCGCCCUUUGCACUAACUCUUCGACCACCUCUUGAUCACCACUGACGCACUGUCGGAUCAGCAAUGUGACACGACCAUGUUUGAAGACGUAACCUGAGACACUCUUUUGGCUUUCCCGUCAACUCGUUUGCUUUGGUACGAGCUCGGAGACGCUGGCUGUUUUUUUUGUUUGCUGCUCAUGCUAACUACCCACAGUUCUUCUUUUUCAGUUUAUGGCAAACAGAUGAGAAAAGCAGAAUACAUUACUGUCCCUGCAGGAAAGAGAAAUCAAAGAGUGACUGGAGAAGUUUUUAUUUUUGGAGGGCACAUUUGUGUAAAAUGGGAAAAGAUAGGUCCUCAUUGAAAGACACAAAGAUAGAAAAGAAAGAUGCCAAAAAUGACAUUUAAAAGAAUAAUUUUAAUGAUUUUUUAUAGCUGAAUUUAAUCUCUGUUGUCCAAGGAAGGUUAAAACCAAGAGUCAGUCCAAACUGAAGAAGCCUCUUGGAAAAGACGUCUUUAGGGAACCUGGAUUUAAUCCUCUUUGGAUAAGUAGGACUUCAAGAAAAACCUUCAGUCUUAGAGGUGCAGGAAACUUUAUUUAGAACAUUUAUACAUUUUAUAUGUAUAAUUCACUUGGAAAAGUAUUUAGAGUUGCAGAAAAGUCCAGAUGCCAGUUUUGCAUCCAACUAGAAGUUACUCUCCACAUAAAUAUCUCUUUUCUUUGUCACUUGGAAAAAGCUCAGUGUUUGAUUUAUGGUUAACAUCUUACCCUCACAUACAUGUUUCACCUGUAAUAGUCCCAGUUCUAAUUAAUUCGACUAAUGACUGUCAAUCAUCAUAGUCAGAGCAAUCAACAGCAGUUGAAGACUGAAAACAUACAACAAAAACCUAUUUAGUUACUAAUUCACAAGUUUCCUGCACCUUUAACCACAAAAAACAGUUGAUUGAUUGUGUGAAAGGUUCGUCUUUUUGCUGAUGAUCUCAUGCUGUAAAGGAAAAGUAUAAAGGAUUAAAGAAAUACAUUUAAAUAUUACUGAUGAGCUUUCCCUUUAGGCUGAACCUCACAAUCCACCCAGAACAACACAACAAGUUAAAGUUUUCCAUCGUUUCACAAAUAGGUCGCACACUAGGAAGAAAAAAAGCACUGAAAACACAGAAUCAUUAAAUGCAUAACCUUUUGUGUCAACCUGGAAUAUUUUGAAAAGAAACUCCAAAAUAAUAAAAAGGCACUUGUGUUCGGCAGCUGGGUUUUGGUCUGUUGGUCAGACAAAACGAAGACUUCCAAGUUGGUUUUCACAUUUUUCAGAUAUUUCAUUGCCCAACGGAUUUAUCUGUUCGUAAAGAAAAUAAUCCACUAAUUAAUCAAAAAGGAGUUGCAGCCCUAAUGGAAACUCUAUAAGCAGACACCAUCCAUCUUCAACCGCUUAUCCGGGGUCGGGUCCCGGGGGUAGCAGCUCCAGCAGGGGACCCCAAACCUCUCUUUCCCACAUUACCCAGCUGUGUGGGGGAUCUUGAGGCUUUCCCAGGCCAGUGUGGAGAUAUAAUCUCUCCUCCUAGUCCUGGUUUUUCCCUAAAGACCAUAACGCCAUCACAAGUUGUAUAAGAAUAAACAAAUCUUUGCUCAGCUCGACUAGUUAGUUUUAAAGAAGAAGCAGGACCAUUAAACGUGCAUGACAUUCAGUUACAAACCUCGUUAGUCAACCACGAAUAACUUAAUGAGUUUCUUCACCACUAAGCUGACGAAAUUAUUCGCUCUUCCUCCUCUUCUUCUUCCGUCAUCAUGGUAAUGCCACAUUGCUGACGUCUGUUCUUCGCCUCUUGCCAAACAUGCCUCUCGCUCCACGUGAGGGCGUCUUCUUCAUCGUUGGUGCUACAAAGUGCAGGGCUCGGCGCCGCCCUCGGCCCUCGCUGUUUUCCAUCCUGUAAUCACAGAUUUAGUAAAAAAAAAAAAAAAAAAAAAAAA